AAGGACUUGACACGUCCAGCUGGUGCCGGAAGGGGCGGUGGCCCACAGCCUCAUGCCAUCCUUGAAUGGCUCCGGCCAACUCUGGCCCCACUGCCCCCCUAAUCCCCCUGCAGGUGGGUGUUUGUCUAUGAGAAGGGCUACCAGACCUCGAGUGGCCUCAUCAGCAGCGUGUCUGUGAAACUCAAGGGUCUGGCUGUGACGAAGAUCCCAAGCCUGGGCCCCCAGGUCUGGGAUGUGGCUGACUACGUCUUCCCAGCCCAGGGGGACAGCUCCUUUGUGGUCAUGACCAAUUUUAUCGCCACCCCCCGGCAGGCCCAAGGCCACUGUGCAGAGAACCCGGAAGGGGGCACGUGCACGAAUAAUAGUGGCUGCACCCCGGGAAAGGCAGAAAGGAAGGCCCAAGGCAUCCGCACAGGCAAGUGUGUGGCCUUCAACGACAUCGUGCAUACGUGUGAGAUCUUUGGCUGGUGCCCCGUGGAGGUGGAUGACAACAUCCCAUGCCCUGCCCUUCUCCGAGAGGCCGAGAACUUCACUCUCUUCAUCAAGAACAGCAUCAGCUUUCCACGCUUCAAGGUCACCAGGCGCAACCUGGUGGAGGAGGUGGAUGCCGCCUACAUGAAGACCUGCCUCUAUCACAAGACCUUGCACCCACUGUGCCCAGUUUUCAAGCUCGGCUAUGUGGUACAAGAGUCAGGCCAGAAUUUUAGUGCCUUGGCCGAGAAGGGCGGGGUGGUAGGCAUCACCAUCGACUGGCACUGUGACCUGGACUGGCACGUGCGACACUGCAAACCCGUCUAUGAGUUCCACGGGCUGUAUGAAGAGAACAACCUGUCUCGAGGCUUCAACUUCAGGUUUGCCAGGCACUUCGUGGAGAAUGGGACCAAGUACCGGCACCUCUUCAAGGUGUUUGGGAUUCGCUUUGACAUCCUCGUGGACGGCAAGGCUGGCAAGUUUGACAUCAUCCCCACCAUGACCACCAUUGGCUCUGGGAUUGGCAUCUUUGGGGUGAUCUACCUGCGUGUGCACCUCCUGUCCCCUUCCCUCCCGAGUGAGCAGAGGGUUCCUCCUUGGAAGUCACGCCUCACCCAGCCUGGAGGCUGCCUCUCCUCUCUCCCGCUCCUCUUCUGCCUCCUCGCAGCCCACAUUUCCCUGCUGCUCUGCCUGCUCUCCGUUCACUGCCACCACCAUUCCAGAAAGACCAGUCUACACUUCCCUCUGGGUCCCACCCUCUACAGUUGGCCUCCAGCCCCUACCCCCACUUCCAGGUGCCCUUGCCAAGGUUACCAGCGGGCGUCCCUUUUGCCAAAUCCAAGCAGACACUUCAGCCCAUACCUCUGACACUGUUGGCUGAGCCACCCUUUGUUGAAAGAUUUCCUUCCAGCAGCUCCUAGGACCCACCCUCUCCAGAUUUUCCAGCCAGCCUGGGGUGUAGGGAUAAGAUAGUUUUCAAUUGCAACUCUGUCACUGUGUGUCCUCGGGCAAGUUGCUUAACUCUCCAAGCCUCCUCUGUGAGUCAGGGAUAAUAAUAGCCUCUACUCAGGUUGGGGUAAGAUAAGGUGCGUGAAGUACCUAGCACGGAGCCUGGCACACAGUACUGCUCUGCCCCUGCCUCUAUCCUCUCUUUCAAUGGCGGAGUCAGCUAGCUGUCCCCAGGUUCUUGGCUGGGUAUGUGGCUGCCUAGAAUGGAAGCUGCAUUUCCCAGCCUCCUCUUGCAGCUGGGUCUGGUCAUGUGACUGUUAUAGCUAAUUGGAUGUAUGUGGAAGUGUCAUGUGACGCCUUCUGGGAACUUUCCUUAAAAGAAAGCUGGUGCAGAUCCUUUGCCCUCUUCUUCUUCAUCCUUGUCUCCAUCCCACUGCCUGGAAUGUGUACGUGAUGGUUGGAGCUCUAGCCACCAUCCUGAAUCACGAGGACAAGAGUCAAAUCCAGAAGUGGCUGGAGUAGUGAGUGGAAAGAGACACAUCUGGGAGGUCUUUGUGGAGCACAGCUGACAUAUUGUUACCCCAAAACUGGGUUCACCUCUGGUGGGUUUUGAGCCAAAAGACACAACCAAGCCGAAGAGUGGGAGAAGGAGGCACUUAUUACUUGAGGCAAGUAAGGAGAACACUGGGGAUCUUUCCCAAAGCAGUGUCUCCCCGAAUGGCAAAAUUGUGGAAGUGUUAAGCUAGGGGUACAUGUACAUUCGUGAAGAGGCUUGGGCAGUGUACACAUCAUAGAAUUGGGGCAAAGGUUGACAGAAGCGUCAGAAAAGAUCAACAUCAUCCCUCAGGUUCUAGUUGAUCUGGUGGUUGAAGGGGGUUUAAAUUCUGCAAAACAGCUCUUUUAGGAAAGUACUUCAGGCUAAUCUGAAGUACUCAAACAGAACUGGGAGUCUUUACAACUGCUAUAUUAUCUUUGCUAUUGUUAUUUCCCCACCUGAUAACAGCUGUUUGUUCCUGCAUUCUUUUGUUCCCUUAUGAUCAUUAAUUACUGAGACCUGUUCAAGGACAAGC